AGCUUCCACCGGAGUGCUAAGAACAAUUUUCACUUUAACCUGUGCAUAUGCAGGCACGUGGUAUCGUGUUAAUGGAUAUGCAUAUAACUAUCCAUGGAUUAGGCAGCUCCCUAGACCGACCGACCGAUAUCUACACUGCAGCAGUACUGGAGUAGUAGGUAGGCAGGCAGGUGCUAAACGCAGAAGACAUCAAGAGUGUUAUCUUGCCAGCUCUAUGGGCAAGGAUGACGACGACGGCGAUCCCACAAGAGUCCGAUGGUUGAUGGAUGCGGCGCGGUACGCCGUGGCGGCCCUGGUGACUGCGGUCACCGUGGCGGUCAUCGCCAGGGCCGUCGUCGUGUCGCUGCGCUCCGAGAAGCUCGAGAUCACGGUCGUCAAUGGCACCGUGACUGCGUCCGUGAACACGGCGGCGAAUCCUACCCAGGUAAGGCUGCUGAUGACCAUCCACAACUACAACCCCAGCGGCCGCGUCGGCAUCCAGUACGUGGGCGUCAACAUCACCCUCCUCUACCAAAACGACACGCCGAUCACCUGGAUUAGCAUUGAGGACGGCCCUGUCAACGGCAUCCAUGUGGAGCCCCAGUUCAUACGGGAGUCCGUCGUGGACACGAGCCUCAACGUGCCGGACGACGUGCCGGCGGCGUUUGCCGGGGCCAUGACGGCGCCCAACGGGUCCCAGCUGUUCGAGAACGCCAAGGUGCACCUGAAAGGCACGCUCCAGACGCAGAUCUCUGGGCUCAACUACACGCACGGCGGCCAGCCCACCGAGUACCUCUGCUCUCCGGUUGCCAUCGGCGUCAAGUCAGAGAAGCUGCUCGCCCAUGCCGUCGACGUAUCUUGCGAGGAAGUUUAGUAUGUCUUUGUUUUUUCUGAUCGACUUGGAGAGCGUGAUUAACUGGCUGAUGUAUUGAUAAUUUGAUGUUUUUGGCUAACCUGCAUUGGUAUUGUUAAUAAUUCGUGUGGGAUUAGUACUUGUGUAUGUGUCAAACAAUAAUUUUGCCGGCAGGAACCACCUAGAAAGCAGUAAUUUAGUUUCUUUUUCA